AUGCCAGUGGCUUGGCUUCAUCCCACAGCCACGGCCGUCGGUGCGCCUGCUCCAGUGGCAGUGUCGUUCAUGGUUGGCUUGGAGCAGUCGGCAAUAGAUGCGAUGGGCGGCAUGAGGCUCGUUCUGCAUUUUGCCACUGGUCAGCUACAGCCACUUCAAGUUGAUGGCGCUUUGGUGCUGCCAAACACGACCAACACCGAGCUUGAGCAGAGCCAAGCAACCUGCGGAAGGUUGAUCAAAGAGCUCUGGGCCAACGACAGCCACUUUCCAAUGCCGAGGGGCUGUAGCUACCGGAUGGCAGGAGAAGAAGGAGAGCUGCAACUGUCUUUCGGUUCGGGAAAUGAUCUUCGCCCCGGAGUUGCGUAUCAGAUCAUUUUUUUGGCUAUCCUGAAGCUCGGCGCGACGACUGCCAAUUCUGGUUUGGAACUUCGGCUCAUGGGUAGUGAUGACAACUUCGUCCAUGAGCUUGGCAAGCCAAAACUGAAUCGGCCGUUGACAGCUGGUGCGGAGUUCCCCGAUCCCCGCCUUGCAGCCGAGGUCGUGGGUGGGUCCAAUGGACUGGCUGAGCUUUCGGAGGACCAGGGGCCAAGCUUCGACUUGCGCAUCUCUCCCGAAGUCGGGGAACCCAUCCCGAGUGGCUCCCUACUGCGGGUGUUCUUGAGUCCUUUGACGGCAUGGGCGAGCUGGAGCUCAAGCUGUUCUGCAACUUCCGAGCUGUGGGACGUCAACGCCACCCAUCGUGCUGAUCUCCCUUGCGAGGUGUCAUCCGUUGUGGCUCCCCUGGCCUUCAGCAACUUGUUGCACAUAGCUCUCCCGAACGUUUCAAUGGCAGCAGGGGUGAGGCUUGAGAUUCACGUCGGAGGGUUGGCGAAGCCUUCAGGAGGCUUCUUUCCCGAGCAGCUGGCCGCAGAGCUCCUCCGGCCAGAUGCUACCAAGCCCCACUACGUCCGAGCUUCUGGAAGUCUCUGGGCCUGGCUACCACGCAACUCCAGCAUUGCGGGCAUUGUCUCUUGCACCGUGUGUGGAAACAUGGCUCCUUUCAGAAGCGAGACGAACAAUCUUCUCGUCCGUUUUGCCCUGGCUGCAACGCUGCGCUCCGUCGUGGAUGAUGAUGACUCCUCAGGUGAGGCAAGCUUGUCUUUGACGGCCCCGGACGGAUACAUCUUGAAACAGGCCGACCCGCCGCCCACUGCUUCGGUCAUGAGCUCAGCUCUGGAAUCCAGGUGGUCCUGCUCAGGCCGGAGCUGCGUGUACACUUUGACGUCCUUGGGUGCCAUUUGGGCGGGAAGUUGGGUCGACGUUUGGGUCACGCUAUCCAAUCCGGAAUCGCCGCUGAAUGCGCAUCACCCCGACAACGUCUGGCAGCUCAGGAUGCAGGCCGCCGGAUACCACACCACAAGCGUGCCUGCGCCAGUGGUUCACUUCUCGCAGUCCCAUCUUCCCGAUGCAGACGUCGAGCUGACAGCAGGAGUGCCUGUGCUGGGCAUGCUGAGCCACACCUCCAUUCAGCCCAGCCGCUUUGCCGCCUCGCCUGCCAAUGGAUCGCUGGUGCCCAAUGAGCUGCAGGUCUUCUUCAUGCCAGAGCAAAGUGUUUGGGCUGGCAGGCUUGUUCUGCAGAUGCCAGAUGGUUUCACUGUGCCAUCGACUAACAUCUGCUCAGACCUACAUCCAUCACUUUAUUCUGCCGAUGGUGAGGGGCGCCGGGUGCUAGUGCUUCCAGGAAUCUGGUCCUGCACAGUGGAAAGCAGGAGCCGCUUAAGCAUCGCAUUGGCUGGGGCGCUAUUGGCCGGCAAAUACUACGGCUUCCAGGCUCAGGUGUUCAAUCCUCGGAAGUUUUCCUCGCAAGAACCCUGGGUGCUGAUGACACUCUCGGGUCAGGGCUACGCUGUGGAUGCAUCGGCUACGAUUGGCCUGAGCCCACCAGGCGCUGAUGAUGGCUUUGACGUAUACGAACGGGAGCUGACAGAGGUCACCCACCGCUAUUUUCUUGAAGAGGUGCCGGUGGCUGCAGCGCACGGUGACGUAAGCCGGCCCUUGGUGAGCAUGGAGGUCGUAUAUCCCUCGCCGUCGGAGCAAGAUCGGGUUGCAAGAGUGCAGGUCUUGCUGAGAACCGGAGUGGAGAUCUGGACAUCCUUCAGGGCAACUGCACCUUCGGGCUAUGAGUGGCUCGUGCCGGACGAGGAGCUGCAUCUCGAAGGUACCACAGCAGACCUUCCAGGUCUGCCACUUGCGGCGGCCAACGUCCUCCGGUGGCCGGCUGCCAGGUAUUUGCAGAACGAGACUUAUGGGUUUGCCUUGUGGCUUCGUAUGCCUCCAGCGCCACUCGUGUUCAACCGGGCAUUCUUUUUCGAGUUUGGAUACGACCAGUCCUGGUCCACAGGCGGCCGGGUACUGGCCGGCCGUGUAGAUGCUCCGGAAAUCCCGUCACUCAGGAAUGCCUGGGUGGAACCAGUUUCCAGGGUGCCGGGGCAGGCUACUGUUGUCACCUUCCAGGUAGAAACCACAACUCCUCUACCCCCAGGCGGCGCACUCAUCGUCCGAAGCCCUGCCGGCGUCGGCCUCUCAACGCCCUGCAAGUUGAACGCGAUUCCAGACCUGGACUUGCUAUCCGCAAGAGCGCGUGUUCCGCAGCAGCUGCCCAACAAUGUGUCUUGCAUCACAAGGCCAUUUCCAGCUGCAGCGGCGGGGUCUCAGGUCAACCACCAGCAGAUCGACUUGCUGGUUCUCGCUGGGGCAGCUGGUAUCCCUGCCGGACUUUACCGUUUCGAGGUGGCUGGCAGGAAUGCAGUAGCCAGAGCAGAAGGAAGAGAAGACAGAUGCUCAAGUAGCCAUCAUUGCUGGACUUUUCUCAGUGUGGCCAAUGCAAACGCAGAGCCUCAGAUCGAGCUGGACUGGCGGAGCAUCUCGCCUGGACACCACAAGGGGGAUGCCAUGCCAGAGGCCAGGCUGCUGCCAACCAUGGGCCGCAACGACAGGCCGCUGGAAAGCAACAGCCUCACCUUCGUCUUCCGCCUGUUACGAGAUGUGAACAGCACAGGUGCCCGAAACGACAGGGCUAUUUCCCUCCGUGGACCCGCUGGCUUCGUUCUGAAGCAGGACUGUUUCGUGGAAACUCUGGACAUCGCUGCAGCCACGGCCGUUCGCGCACCCGUGCAGAGCUGCGAGGCAGAGCUCAGUACUGCGAGGCUUACAGCGAUCUCCCCGGGUUUCAAGGCCGGACUUCUGUAUGCCUUUGGCGUGAAGGUGUUGACCAAUCCGCCUCGCACACCGAGCCGAAACUUGUGGUCUUUGGAGGUGGAGGGGGAAGUGUCAUCUCCAUUUCGCGGCUUCUCCGUGCAGACCUUCCGACUGCUCGAAGUGGAGCCUCUCACCUGUGCCACGGGCUUUGUUUGGCCGAACAAGCAAGCGAACGUGGCCAACUUGACCUUCCAACCAGAGACAAGCCUAUCCCCUGAAGGGCACGCGUCCGCACUUCUUGUCCAUGCUCCUCCUGGCUUCACGUUUGUCAACGGCAGCGGAAGCUGCGAAGUGCUCUCUCACUUCGAAGUUGAGGUUGACGAGGGCAGCACGGAAGUGUGCUCACAGCCUUCGAGCGAAGAGUGCGAUUGCGAACUGCAGGCCGCAAGCGUGCUUGUGAUCAAACUCCGGGAAGUCUCCACCAAGCUCGUCGGAGGUCAGAUGUACCACUUGGGGCUGCGCUUCGUCGCUUCGGCGUCGGAUCGACCUGAGGCUUCCUGGAAGCUUGAAUCCUUCGACGACAUCGCUUCUGGGGUGAAGCUGGAUGUUGGCCAGGUUACGAGCUUCCGGCUGUGCGAGCCGCUUGCGCACCUGGCGAUUGGAAGGUACGAUCCCAGCAGUGCGGAUCCUUUUGUGAUGCCGAGUCAGGAUGCAGAAGCCUUUCUGCCAGACCUGCUGCUGUCCGUGGCGUUCGCCCACACUGUCUUGCCUGGCGAUACCCUGCAGAUCAAGCUGCCUUCUGGAUACAGGACAGAGUGCUCUGAAACUGGGUGGCUACAAGGACCUCUGGCAGGCUUGACGCCGGACUGGACCAGUGCCAAGAUGCCCGCACAUGUUGAAGUGAGCUGCACAGCUGGGGAGCCUGGCGAAGUGAUGGAGUUUCAGAUGCACGGGGAGGAGCAGCUUCCGGCCGGAGAGAGACUAACCUUGCGGCUGAUGACGGCAAACCCGCGAAGGAUCUUUGGGGAGCAGUACUGGCAGGUGGGGCAUUUGCGACGAGGAGAAGUGCUAGCAGGUGGAGCCUGGCGCACCUGGGAGGUCUUCCUCCAGUUGUCAGAGGCCGUGAUCACGCUGGCCUCGGCGGCGGUUGGCCAGCGCUAUGCUGUGGUCGAUGUGCGAUUCAAAGCAGAGGGAGAUGCAGAAGUGCUACGACUUCAGCCGACUGGGCCCAUGCAAAUCGACUUCACCAAUGUGUCCAUCAGCCGUGGGCAGAUUCUCCGGUCAGAGAUCAACUCGGUCCUGCUCGUGAGUUUGAACAUGAAGGAUGGUGAUCAUGUUGGUCUUCGCAUUUACAAUGCUCGUUUGCCAAAACAUGGUGGGCGGAUUAUCUUCGACUUGGAGAUUCGCAACCGCACAGGCAGCCGAAUCGCCAGAAAGCACAGCAUCGACAGUGGCAGCCAGAUUCCAGGCCACAUCGAGCUCCGAUCUCUGCAGCUCCGCAAUGAGUACGCACCAAACCUCACGCAGUCACAGUGGCCGGCACAGCUGGGUGGUCGCACCGUGCUGGAGAUUGAGGUGAGGUUUCUGGAAAACGCGAACCCAUUCGAGACGCUGCGCAUUUCGGGCAAGCCUUUCGUCAUGCUGCAGGGCAACUUCCGCUUGGUCGUUGUGGACACAGGCACGAGUGUUCCAAUGUCUUCCAGCAAGACAGACGAUGGAGUUUCUUUCGAGACCCUGGGCGGGCAAGGUUUGCAGCGAGACAUCUGGUAUCGAGCAACUGCGACUGUCCUGGCUCCUGCUACCCUGCCACGGCGUGUGUUCUGGGGCUUCGAGGUCCUGGGAGCAGGUCUUCCUAGUAGUCUCGGCUCAGCAGAGGGAACGGUGCAUUUUGUGCCGUGCUACGAAGUUGAAAUAACUGCCGUGAGGAGUCCGCCACUUGCUGUUGUCGCCAUCGAGUUGGCCGUGUCGUUGCAUGCAUCAUCGCCGACGCGAUUAACCCUAGUGGCACCGGCAGGCUUCCGCUUCACCGAAAACUGCCUGAGCGGACCCAGUGAUGUGGUGGCUCGCUGCUCGCCAACUCAGGUGAAUGAACAGGAGGCAGCGGAGCUGGUUCCAAUCAAGGCAUUCUUCACAGACCUGCAAGAGCUUAGCCUCCAGGUUCGUACACCUGCGGCAGCUUUACCUUCGUCUACAUGGCUCCUGGUUGGGUGGACCGAAGGCGAAGUGGUUGGCUGGGGCGAGGACAAGUUGGGCAUUGGUGUGGUGCAGAUGCGCAGCGUGGCUGUGAUUUACCCCGCUUCUCCUGACACAAGAUCAGAGUUGGUGGUAAGGUUGCGGCUACGCGACGAGCUGCUACCGGGGGGGAUCCUGCAGUUACUCAAUCCACCGGAGUUCGUUCUCAACUGUUCAGGACCGCAGCUCCAAGAGAUCUCACUGCCUAUCGAAGGUUGUACAGCGGAGGCAGGAUCUCUGGUGUUGCGCUUAUCUUCUGGGCUUGUACCGGGCACGUAUGCAUUCGGCGUUGGGGCGCAGGUGCCCCCUGUCGCUCCGAAGACGAACAUGUUUUCGCUGCUGGUGUUUGGUCCUAGUGGCCUGGUGCAGGAUGCGACCACGGUGGUGAAGGGCCAGCAGUUACAAAGCGAGCUGCACGUGGACCCUCGUCCCCUGAGGUGGACCGCGGCCGAAGCUGGGCAAGCGAGCAGUGUAGUGAUGGGCUUCGAGGUGCGGCAACAAGUGAAGCGCGAUUUGGUUGAGUCGGUUCUUCUUACACUGGCUGAAAAUUUCGAGCAUUCGUUAGAGACGCCACAAGGCAUCGAAAUACUGAACCCAAGUUUUCCACUGUCACGCAGCCACGGCGCGACUUCUUGGGCAGACAUCAGAAAGGAAGACCGCAUACUCAUUCACGUAGACCUGGCGCGGCCUUUGCCUCCGGGUCAGUAUGAUUUCCGCAUUCCAAUUACCGUGCCAGAGGAGCUCUCAGCUUUCAACGUUUGGCAACUGACGUUGUGCUCGGAAGGCCGUGCGACUGAGCCCUGCUCUGUGGAGUCACCCCGAGCUUUGGCUACGUUUCCGGCGGCUGGAUUUAGCCUGGCCUCACGGAUGCCCGAGAGACCGCAGAUCGGACAGGGCACGCGGCUUUCCAUCCACGCAUGUGGAUACUUCCUCGUGCUCUUCCUGCUUUGA